AUGCGCUUCACAACCUCAAUCGUCAUCUUCUCCCUCUCUGCGCUUGUAGCCGCCGCGCCCUCUCCGCAAAAUGAGAAUCGUCCGGUCCCUGAAGGUGCAUGCUGUGUUGCGGGCACGAGCUUAAAGCAGGAUGUCUGCAAUGUGAAUGGAGAGAGUGGACGCUGCGUGCCUGAUGAUAUUAAUAAUUGUGGUGAGCAAUUAACGUGUAUCGAGGACAGUAGAUUGACCUGUGAUCCCAAUACGCUCGAGCGCGGACGUCCUCUUUGCCGCCGUACUCCUGGUGCGUAG